AUGGCGGUUGCCUAUUUCUCUCUCUUCUCUCUAAUCCUUCUCCUCCCCCUCUCUAUCCUCAUCUUCCUCUACCUCAUCGUCCGACCCAGGCCCGUCCGCGUCCCAAUCAAGAAUCGCCACGUCUUCAUCACCGGCGGAUCGAGCGGAAUCGGCCUCGCCCUUGCUCACCAAUGUGCCCAGCUAGGCGCUGACGUCACCCUACUUGCCCGCAACGUCAGCAGGCUCGAAGAGGCCAAGGAGUCCAUCAAGCUGGCAACGGGGCGUGACGUCAGGAUCUUCAGCGCUGACGUCAGGGAUUAUGAGAUUAUAAAGAAGGUCGUUGAAGAGGUGGGAGUAAUUGAUGUUUUGAUUUGUAAUCAUGGAGUGUAUGUGCCACAGGAGCUGGAGACGCAGGAACUGGAAGAGAUCAAAUUUAUGAUUGAUGUGAAUUUGAUGGGUACUUUUCAUUUGAUUAAGGCGGCCUUGCCUGGAAUGAAGAAGAAUAGGGUGGAGAGGGGGCCGGGUUCCAUUGCGAUCAUGUCAUCGCAGGCGGGUCAGGUCGGUAUUUAUGGUUAUACAGCUUAUUCAGCUAGCAAGUUUGGCCUUAGGGGUAUGGCAGAAGCUUUGCAACAGGAGAUAAUAGCAGACAACAUUCAUGUCUCCCUCAUCUUCCCUCCAGAUACCGAAACUCCUGGAUUUGUGGAAGAGAACAAAAGAAGGCCUCAGCUCACCAGUAUUAUAGCUGCUUCCUCUGGUGCAAUGAAAGCUGAUGCAGUUGCCAAAAAAUCUAUUGAUGGAAUCAAAUCAGGCACUUUUAUUGUUCCAUGCAACUUCGAGGGAUUCUUACUCUCUGUAGCAACUGCAGGACUAUGCCCUCAAAGAUCAUUCUUAAUGGCAUUUGUGGAGCAUCGAGAAGUGGUAUGCACAGAAGAAAUAGUAGGGAUCCAGGAGUUGUUAUACUUGUUUGGAUAUGAUGUUGGUUCUAGUACUCUUAUCUGGUAA